UGCUUCUAGAGACGCGACGCGUGCGAUGGCGGACAAGGUGCGGGAAGCAGCGCAGCGCAUCUUUGCGAACCUGCCUUCGGGCGGCGGCGCGCCGAUGGGAGCGCUCGGGCUGGGUGCGGUCGGGCUGACGGGCCUCGCCUACGGCUCCGCCAAUUGCUUGUUUAACGUCGAGGGCGGCCACCGCGCCGUCAUGUACCACCGGUUUGGCGGAGUGCAGCAGCGCGUGCGGGGCGAGGGGACGCACCUGGUGCUGCCGUGGUUCCAGCGGCCGGUGCUGUACGACGUGCGUGCCAAGCCGCGCAUGAUCCAGUCGCUCACCGGCAGCAAGGACCUGCAGAUGGUCAACAUCUCGCUGCGCGUCCUCUCGCGACCCGACCCCGGCUUCCUCCCCACAAUCUACCGCGAGCUCGGCACCGACUACGACGAGCGCGUCCUCCCCUCCAUCGUCAACGAGGUGCUCAAGUCGGUGGUGGCGCAGUACAACGCGUCGCAGCUCAUCACGCAGCGCGAGGCAGUCUCCCAGAGGAUCAGGACGGACCUCCUCUCCCGCGCGCGCGAGUUCCACCUCGAGCUCGACGACGUCUCGAUCACGCACCUCUCCUUUGGCAAAGAGUACACCGCGGCGGUCGAGGCGAAGCAGGUUGCGCAGCAGGAGGCGGAGCGAGCCAAGUUUGUCGUCGACAAGGCCAAGCAAGAGAAGAAGUCGACCGUCAUCAAGGCGCAGGGAGAGGCCAAGUCGGCAAAGCUGAUCGGCGACGCGGUGCGCGACAACCCCGGCUACAUCCAGCUGCGCCGGCUGGAGGCGGCGCGCGACGUCGCUGGCACGCUGUCCAAGUCGACUAACAAGGUCUACCUUGACACGCAGUCGCUGCUGCUCAACGUGACCGAUUCGCGCGACGUGCUGCUCGAGUCGCACACGAAGAAGAAGUAGCCACGCGGGAGCACGAGGGGGCGGGGCGGGGCGCCCGCUUCUCUGCGCGCGCGCGCCCGCCGCCCACAGCCUCUCCACUGCAGUCGACCAUCUCCGGUUGUCUGCUUUGAGGGGGCGCGACGGGUGCGACGGCGGAGGGGCGGCGCCGCGAGGCGGAGGGAGGGGCGCGGCUUUGGCGCGGGGGCCGGAGGGGCCACGGGGAGAGCGGGGCGCCGGCGAGAUGAUGAGGUAAGAGGUUGAGGUAUAUUCGAGAUCGAGCGGUUCGUUUUGAGAGCUCGCGGUGUCGUGCACCGACACGCUAUGUGUUGUUAUUAUUGGUGCGGUAGUGGCAGCGCUGGAGACUGUGGAGUCUGCAGUGUGGAUGUUCGCAUCGCGGGCGGCAGUUUUUGUUCCUGGCUCCGAUGCGCCCCC